UUUGAAGAAAUCCAAGCCGUCCGAUUAAAUAAUAUGACCGUUGGCGACGCUCCCCUUUUUCAAACGCCCAUUCUCUCUCUGUAUAUAUAUCACAUAUCAAAGAAAACCUAAAACGCCUCUGCACACAUUUCAAAUAUUCUCAUCACCAAAACGCGUUUUCUGAACCCAGAAAUUCUCAUUCUCUGUCUGUAAUUUCUUGUGCUGGAAGUCAAAAUGUCAAGGAUGAAAUCCGUACAGAAACCGCCGCUGCCGAAAUCGCCGAUCAGGCAUCGACCUCGCCGGUCCCUCCAAACAAGCGCCGCUACACAAACACCUCCUGGUUCAUUGACGAAAUCGCUGAAAUCAAAUCAAUUUCAAGACAUCAAAGAAUCGGAGAUGCGACCGGAGUAUCUGACGAUCUCGUGCGAGUUGCGGGCUUUAGCAAAGAAGGUUCAGGAGGAAUUGGGCAAUGGAGAGAGGGAAGAAGCUCUGUAUAACCCCGGGUUUUCAAAUGGUGCUCUGUUCGAGAAGGGAAGGUUUUAUGAGGAGUAUUCUGCUAGAAGGAACGAUAGGUUGAAGAGGAAGAAGGGCCAAACGGGAGAUGAGGGUGGUCAGAAGAGCUCUUGUCACAAUUUGGGUGUGACGGUUGAGUCUGCAAAACGAAGUAGCUCGAAGAAGCUUGGGAGCUUGAGGAAAUCCAUAUCCGCAGCCUAUUAUUCGGCGGAGAAGACAAGCAUGAGCGAGACUCCGAGGUAUAUGCUUAGAAGUAUGAGCAAAGAGAACAAGAAACCGCCUCUUCCAGUGGUUGCUGGCGAACGGAAGGUCGGAGGUAGGAGGGUUCGGAAAACUGAAUACUAGGGUUGGGAUUUUAGAACAGUGUUUGAAACUUUCUUUUGUUUCUUUUUUUGGCUUAGUUUCCUUAGGCAAAAGGGUUUUAUAUGUCUUUAAGAUACCAGUGCUUUUGCUUCUGCAAAAGUCCAGGCUACACUGUAUGAAGGCUCGAAUUUGUUCUUUGUUUCUGUUUGGUGGUAUAAUAUACAGGUUUCUUUUUCUUCUUUUUA